AAAUAACAGAAGAAUUUCAAAAAAUCAAACCUAUCCUAAAAAACUUUAUCGGUAAAGGUGGUUAUGGUGAAGAUAUUCGCAGAGAAAUAAAUAUUCUUAAAAAUCUAAGGAAUAGAUAUAUUAUUCAAUAUUAUGAUGCUUAUUCUGAUAAUCAAGAACUGCUCAUUAUCAUGGACUAUGCAGAAAAUGGUUUGGCUUACAUCCAUCACGAGAAUGUUAUUCAUCGUGACCUUAAAAGCCUAAAUAUCCUACUAGCUGAUAAUUAUCAAGUAAAAAUAUCAGACUUUGAUAUUGAAAAUAACCUAUUAGGAUUUCAUAUUAUGAGCAAAAAAAAAGAAACAAUACCUAAUGAUAUUCCAGAAGAUAUUCGAGAACUUCGAGUUAUUAGUGAUGAUAACAAGUUGUUAGGUACUGAAAAUCUCUCUGAACCUCAAAAUAGUAAAAAAAAUAAUGAAAUAUCCUAUGAAGUUUCACAAUCAAUGAAUUUUGAUAUUGAUAGGUUUGACAAUAUGUCGAAAGACAAUUCUCAAGAACAAAGUUCUACCCAAGUCCAAAUCCAAGUCCCGCCUAAAUAA